UGCGAUACCUUUGCAUGUGACAAUGGAGGAGAGUGCCGUGUGGAAAAUCACUACCCAUACUGUCACUGCCCUCAAGGUUAUACUGGCAAAAUGUGUGAAAACAUGAUCAAUCACUGUGAUUCUCAACCAUGUUAUUAUGGGAACAACUGCACCAGUUUUCUGAAUGGCUACUACUGCAGUUGCACAGAACCAGUGAACUCCUGCCCACAAAUAGAUGGCACAGUGAUGAGGUACAUGGUGCCUGGCUUCAGUGGGAGUGUGGCUGAUGUUUUACAACCAAGAGGAUUACAGUUAGACAAGCCCUUACUGCAGAACACAAGCUUGAUUUACACACCCAGAGACGAGGGAUUAAACAGUCAGUGUCACCUGACCAUAACAGUUACAGAUGUGAAUCCCAUUAUACUAGAAUGCCCCCAGUCAAAGGUAGAGUUUAUAUCCCGUAUUGGAGACAGCCGAUCGGUUCCUGUCUCCACUUGGGUGAAAAAGCCUCCAGGUGCUGAGGUCAUUGUUAACCCUGAGGAACUAGACAUAAGCUACUCUGACAUAGAUACAGUGAGAGAGGUGUAUGUGACAGCCACAAGAAAUAACCUUACUGCAGUCUGUUCGUUCCAGGUGUUUGUUCAAGUGGCAACUUCUUCUGAACUGAUUCUCAACUACCUGCUGCUAAAUGGUAAUGUUACUGUUUGUGAAACAGUAAACUCUCAUGUGUCAUGUCAUUUUCGAUGUAAUGAUGGCUACAUAAUCCAUGGAAAAGAAACCCCUCUGGGUGUAAUAGAAUUGCCAAAGGAGGAUGGGUUGAUGCUACCAGUUGUCCCUCAGUGCAUUAAACGUGUGCCAGUUUCAAAUAACACCAUUCCUGCAAAAGUUCUCUUCAAGACAGCAGAUCAGAAGGAUUUGUUAGCUGUAUGCAUGGAAGCACUUCAGAUUGCUUUUAAUGGAUGUAAGGUGCAUGUGUCUGAUGAGGUGGAGAAAAUACCAGAGGUUAUGACAAGCUGUGGGAAUGUAGACAUAAACAUAAACAAUGAUCAGCUUUGGGUGCAUCUAGGAAAUCAGGCAUCAGUGGAGUUUCAACUGAGUGUUAGCACAGCAAAUCUUGAUCUUUGCAAGGCAGCUGUGAACAAAAACUUUAAUCAGACACUGGAGAUGGAGUGUGACACUCUGAAUUUGACUCGGAGGGAAAUAGGCUGUCCUGUGGUACAUUUGGAAAAUAUCCAAUCAACUGACAACUGUCCACCUGGAUACAAGCAAGAGGAGGACAUGUGUAUUCCUUGUCCACCUGGUACAUACUACAAAGGAAGAGACUGCAUUCCCUGUCCAUUACAUGAGUACAACGACAUGGAGGCUCAGGCAGCAUGUAAAUCUUGUCCUGUUUCCAAAGGAACUAGACAGAUGGGUAGCACUGUAUCGAGUCAGUGCAAAGCAUUUUGUUUGGGCCCAUAUACGUCUGAGACUGGUCUGCCUCCAUGCAAUGAGUGUCCUAUUGGUUACUAUUUUGUUAACCGCACAACCUGUGAGAAGUGUCCUGAUGGUACCAGCACGGAAAACCCUGGGGCCCAAGUCCGGGAUCAGUGUGUGGAAAUGUGUCCCAGAGGUACCGUCUCUGUCCGUGGGCUGGUACCUUGCUAUGAAUGUCCUCCAAACUAUUUCCAAAGUGCCAUAGGAAAGAGUACUUGUGAAGAGUGUCCUGAAAAUACAACAACAACCACGUAUGGCUCAACCAGUGCAGACGAUUGCAAGGAUGCUGCUCUUGUGUACUGUAACCAGUCUCUGUGCGCUAAUGGUGGUAGCUGUAUUUCAAGGGGAAAUGGCUAUAUGUGCAAAUGCCCAGAAGGGUUCUUUGGAGACAAUUGUCAGCAGGAGAAGCUGUUCUAUGGAGAUGACUGUCAGUUUGAGCGUAACGAUUGUGGAAUAGAAGAGAGAUGUGUCAAUGGAGGGAUGUGCCAGGAUUUGCUAGGGAACUUCACCUGUCUCUGUCCAGCAGGAUUCUCGGGCAGACGAUGUGAGCUGCCGAUAAAAGUGUGUGAGCAGUUUCCUUGUGUCAAUGGUAGCUGCCAGGAUUUGGGUGGUGUCCGCAGGACUUGUUUCUGCCUUCCGGGGUAUACAGGCAAAGAUUGUGGAGUCAACAUAGAUGACUGUGCCUCAUUGCCUUGUCUGAAUGGAGGUCGCUGUAUAGACGCCCUGAACAACUAUAGCUGUGAGUGUCUGCCAGGCUUUGAGGGCAGGCAUUGUGAACAACGCUUAGAUCUGUGCCUGGGCCAGAACUGUAAUAGCUCUGGCCAGUGUAUAGAUGACCAUGUGAACAACACCCAUGUGUGUAUUUGUAAAGAUGGCUAUCAACCAAUAGAUGCGAACUGGUCCAGCUGUAGUCCUGUGGAUGGAUGUAGCUCUAAUCCCUGUACUGGGAUGGGCAGUACGAAAUGUUCCAGUUCUGGCCCAGGGAUGUAUGACUGUGUGUGCAAGGAGGGAUAUGGAGGCUCCUUAUGUCAGCACAAUUUGGAUGACUGUGGCUCAUGUCAGAAUGGAGCCACAUGUGAGGACCUUGUGGCUGACUACAAAUGCCACUGUGCUGACGGGUUUGAAGGUAAGGACUGUGAUGUUAAUAUUGAUGACUGCGUCAACAACGGGUGUGACUUGGAGGGGACUUUCAACUGCACAGAUCUGAUCAACAACUACCUGUGCAACUGUAAACCAGGGUACAGCGGCAAAAACUGCUCAGUGAAGGUGAAUGAGUGUGAAAGUUUCCCUUGUAAACAUGGAGGUAAUUGCACAGACCUGGUGAAUGACUUCUUCUGUGAGUGUUUGCCUGGCUGGCAGGGUAAGCAGUGUGAAGAGGCGACCAACAGGUGUGAGGAAUCUCCCUGUCAGAACAAGGGAGAAUGUGUCAGCAUAUUCAACACCUACUUCUGCAGAUGUAGUGGCAAUAAGACAUACGGAGGACAGUGUGAGUUUCCCCCAGGUGGAUGCACCAGUGUCCAGCCCUGUCUGAAUGGUGGUCAAUGCUCUGAUGAUGAUGACACAGUUGUCUGCUCCUGCCCACGGCAAGGAGUGGCAUACACAGGUAAUGGGUGCGAGAGCCGGGCAGAUCUGUUUCGGGAUGGCAGCUGCCAAAAUGGAGGAUCACCUGUGGUAUCUCCAUCAGGAACACUUACCUGUUCAUGUAUGUCAGGCUACACUGGAACCCUGUGUGACAUCAAUGUGGAUGACUGCCUGCAUAAGACUUGUCCUGGAGGGCUUUGUGUUGACGCUGUGAACACGGCUUUCUGCAGGUGUCCCGUGGGGUGGACAGGUGACACGUGCACAGAAGCUAUUGAUGUGGAUUAUGACCUGUAUUUCUACUCCUCAACCAAGACCGGCCAAGCAUCUCUACCUUACCCAAUAGCCCUAGAUUUGGCAUCAUUUACAUUCUCCUUUUGGGUCAGGUUUCAAGAAGCGGAUUCCACAGGAACUUUUUUCAUGGCGUUUAAAGUCAUGAAAGGGAUGAAGUGCCCUGGAAAGUUAGUACAGGUCAGCUCUGAGGGCUUGACGCUCUCGUUCCCCAGUGUGGGUACCUUCACCAUCAGAUAUCCAAACGUCCUGAGGGUGAACGAUGGACGCUGGCAUCAUGUGACCAUAGACAGUCACUACGGACAGGGUGCCUACAAUGUCCGCUUUACCACAGACGGGUCAACUGUAGGCACCAAAUCCAUUGCCACGGAUGUUAGUCCACUGGAUGAAUCCAUUUGGAUUACCCUGGGGAAUGAGUAUGAUCCCUGCCUUGAGAAGCCAGUGGAUGGACAAGGGUUUAAUGGGUACAUUAGCCAGGUGAACCUGUACAACAGGGCAUUAGACUUCGACACGGAGAUUCCACUGAUAGCCGAGAACACCACUGCAGUUCUAGCCGGAGUGGUGUUACGCUGGGCAGAGUUUGCACUCUUCCCGGGAGUGAACAGGGUACAGGGCAGCUCUGCUACACCCAAGGACGAGAUAUGUCCAGAAGGCUUUACUGGUCUGACAUGCUCAAUACGCACAUACUCAGAUAGGAGCAUGCCCCAGACACCAAUGUGCCCGUCCAAUGUGGAGUUGUACUCAGAGGACAGAGUGACCACGGUACACUGGGAACCUCCCCCCACAACAGAAAAUAUCCACCUGAGAUCGAGCGCCGGGACGGGCGAGAGUUUCUUAUGGGGUCGCCACUUGGUUAUUUACGAGGCUAAAAAUGAUGAGAAUUCCACAGCCAUCUGUUCUUUUAUUGUUUUUGUCAAAAAUGAUGUGUGUAACAUGACGUUAGGCCCAGACCGUGGCAGCUACGAGAAGAACAUGUACCUAAGUUACACUAACUUUGAGCUGAUGUGCUCUAGUAACAAUCUGACGCUCACCCGCCCCACCCCAGACUUCUACACCUGUGGACCCUCAGGAAAUCUGGACACAAGGACCCCCCAGAAGUAUUUACCAUACAGAUUCCCUUCCUGUGGAGAGGUGAAGUCACCUGUAGGUGUGAAGCUUAAGAUAACUCUGAAGUACACGUUUAAUUUGGUUUGUGAUGAAAAAGCUAGAGAGGUGAUCAAAUCCAGGAUACUAGGGCGGCUGCAGACACUGAACCAAGCCUAUGGCAGUGAGUUAUGCCAGUUAUCAGAUUGCUCUGAUGUUCAGGUUUCUGCCAACUGUUCAAUCACAUCAGGGCGCAGGAAGAGAGCCACAACUAGUGAUCUCCUCCUCAACAUAGAAAUACCAUAUGCCAAACCACUUGUUGUAAACAAUGGUGAAGCUAUUUCACCUGGAGCAGUUAUCCAGGAAGACAUCACAGAGGAUGGUUUUGACUUUAAGGACGCUCUGUCAGGCAUUUAUCUGAAUGAGGACACUUAUGAUGUUGAUGUUACCCCUCAGUGCCCACAAGGGGAAGGCCUCGUUGAUGGGGUUUGUGUUUUAUGUGGGCGGGGCUACGAGCACAGUGCGCUGACUCAGUUAUGUGAGGCGUGUCCUGUCGGUGAAUAUAAGGAUGAUGAACAAGCAGCUUGCGUGAGCUGUGGGACUGGGUUUACAACCAUGACCCCAGGCUCCCCAUCACAAGCAGAUUGUAAAGAAUCUUGUGGUGUAGGUCAUUACUACAAGGACAGUGGCUGUGUGCCCUGUGAGGUAGGGUUUUACCAGCCCACCCCUGGCCAGUUUGUCUGCCUGCCCUGUGGGGUGGCACAAACCACCUUAACAGAGGGCUCUGAUGCUCAAGAAGAUUGCUUUAAUAAGUGCGAUGCUGGGUUUGAACUGGUACAAACAGGUGACUGCAAGCCGUGUGACAUUGGGUUCUACCGCCCUCAGGAUGCCGAUUCUAACUGUGUGAGCUGCCCAGUAGGGUGGGUGACACCUACCAAACAGUCAGCAGCACUGGAGAACUGCACUGUGGUGAACUGUGCAGCUGGUUACCGUGCCAAUGGCAGUGACUGUGUGAUUUGCCCACAAGGAACAUACCAGCCUAUGCCUUACCAAGAUAUUUGUCUGCCAUGCCCUGGAAAUAACAGCACUCGCUCAGCAGGCUCCUUAAGCCUGUCCGACUGUGAAAGUGAGUAUAGGUGUUGCUUCUGCUACAGAUUUUGUCAACACUUCGGUUGUAUUUCCAUUGUCAAUCACUAGGGCACUUUGGUCCCGGGUUCGCGGUAACCUGAGCAUGUUCACUUUAAGAUUGCUUUCAUGAUGACUACAGUUUUCAUCACUCACAGAACUUUAACGUCUUCGCUUGUGUCAUAGUCUGAUUAUUUUCAUCUACACUCUGGCACGAUUUCACCCUGACGUGUGGUGACAGCGAAGAUGCUUUCUUUUUUCAAAGCAUUCCAGCAUUAAGAAAUUAGGGAGUUGGGUGGUACAAAUAGUCUUUGCUGGUCAAGGUCAUGGCCAGGCUUCGAUGCUUGAGGGUCAAGGGAGUGCUGUGAGUACUGAUUCAUUAUUUCGGAUCACAAGUAAUAUGUUUUAUUUCAAAUACCCCUCUUUAAUGAAAACAAGUGAUUUAAAUGGAACUUAAAUUUAUCAUUCUGAAAAUUUCCCUUUCACAUAAACAAUAUAGGGGGUUAGAAAAAGAAAUAAACAUAAAUAUUAUUCAGCUAAGUUCAACUAAACGGUAAGAUCAUCUAGAUCCUCCUCACAUGCAUGACCAAGUGCACCUUUUCUCGCGCGUGCCGUGAUGCGGUCAACUGCGCGGAAAACGGUUGAACAGGAAGCAGUGUACCAGUGACCAUUGCAUCAACACGUAGAUAUGCAGGCUCUACUACAACAAAAGGUAAGUUCCAUACAAAUUAAAUACAUGUACUCUGCUUUGGGUCAGCAUAAAAUUGUUUUAUUUACUUGUACAUAUAACAUUAUUAUUAUGUUAUAAUUUUGCCGAUGAUUGACUUGAAAGCCAAAGUACUACUGUAACCUUAUGGUACCAUUACUUGUACUUGUUUUCUUUUAGUUGAAAGAAAAUUAUGCAAAAACCCCAAAAGGUGGGCAUCCAGUAUCACUGGACAUGUACAUGUCACUACUAUAUAUAGUUACCACAUACAUGAACAUGUUUUCACU